AUGCCUUGGCAGCCAAAGGCUUCGGCUCCUGCCAGGGGGCGCUGGCAUGCUGUGAGUUGUGAGAAGAAAAAGGAGGAGGAGCAGAAAGAGACCCUCGACAAGGAGGAGGUCCCCGAGCGUCACCAUCAUGUGAAUGCCAGACAGCUGCUGUACCCGGGCUCAAGUGUCAAGCGUUUUCCUGUGCCAGAUGAGAGGGUGCCCUGGGAGGUCGACUUCAGUGCCUACAAGCCCCUGGCAUACGAUGCCCAGACAGGACCUGCGACCGAAGAACCAAACGGCAAGAAUCCCAUGGGAAGGACAGGCCUGACCGGAAGAGGGAGACUCAAUCAUCUGGGACCCAACUACUCCAUGGACCUGAUCCUCACCUGCUGGAAGAGGAACUCGGACGGCUCGGUUUGCAUGAAAGCCGCUAAGAAGGUGAUGCGCUUCUUCUCAGUAAAGCACAAGGAGUGCGAGCAGUGGGCCUUUCCGGGGGGCCCGCUGCAGCCGGGUGAAGCCUUACCCGCGAGGCUCAAGCAGAUCCUCGACCCGUUUCUCCAAAAGAAGAUCACGGAGAUGCUGAGUGACGGCAGGGAGGUCUACAAGGGCUACGUGGACGACACCAGAAACACGGACCAGGCCUGGAUUGAGACCACCGCCAUCAACCUUCACUUUGAGGAGGACGACGAGGUGCUCGCCGAACUCAAGAAGCUUGACACGACAGACCCCGAAGCAGAGAUCACCGCCGCCUGGCAGGACGCCGACCAGCUGGCCAAACUCACUGCCAACCACAGAGACCUCCUGCAGAAGGUGGCAGUGCUGUGGCAAGCCCACUGCUGACCAC